AUGCAGGCACCUUACCUGGAGCGAAAGGCAAACACCACGACGCGUGCAUCAGGCGUCGUUCCAGUCACUUCGUCAGCGUCGCGAAAGCAUCAAGCGCUGGCGCUUUUCAUCUUGACGAUCCAAAACACCGCCUUGGUGCUCAUGACGAAGUUUUCGUAUCGAACAGCCGCGACGCCUUACGUCGUAUCCACAGUCAUCGCGAGCGCCGAGCUCGUCAAACUCGUUUUGAGCUAUAUUUUGUUGGUCGCGUCCGACGGACAAAGCGCCGCCCGGGACGCGCUUCGCGAGGUGCCAUCCAACGCGACGCGGCUCGCGGUCCCAUCGGUGCUGUACGUGAUACAAAACAACCUCCUUUUCGAGGGCGUGCGGUUGCUGAGCCCGACCGCAUACAUGGUGUGUUCGCAGAGCAAAAUUCUCACGAGCGCGAUUUGUAGCGUCGUGCUCCUGGGAACGCGAAUCACGCGUAAACAAUAUGUAGCGUUGUUGGUGCUCGUGUGUGGGAUGAUCAUGGUACAGAACGAGGAAGGACAUCGGAGCAAUGUGCCGUCGGAUAGAGCGCGGCCGGAAGACACUCUGCGAGGUAUGGUCGCCGUGCUCACCGCCGCGUUUACGUCUGGUUUCGCGGGGGCGUAUUUAGAGAAAAUGUACAAAGAAGUGGACGCUCAAAAGCGAUCGGUAUGGUUCCGAAACGCACAACUGGCGUGCUUUUCACUUCCAGUGGCGUUGAUUGGAUCAGUGUGGCGCGAUGGAGAGCGCUUGCGCGCGAACGAAAGCGUGUUUCAAGGAUACGACAGCGUCGUGUUGCUCGUCAUCGCGCUACAAGCCGCCGGUGGUUUAGUCGUCGCGGCGGUGUUGCGAUACGCGGGGAACGUGCUCAAAUGCUUUGCCGUGUCUAUUUCCAUAUGUAAUUGCGCCCUCGCGACGACGGUGUUCGCCAACGACGGACACAACCUGAGCGUUACGGCAUCUCUCGGCAUAGCGCUCGUCAUCGGGUCGACGUUUCUGUAUUCAAAUGUAGUCUAA